UGAGGGCGGGGCUCAGGUAAGUGGAGGUGCCGCAGAAGGCAAGACGGAAGAAGAAGAAGAAAGAAACGAGGAGGAUAAACAACAACAAGUCCAAGGGGACAGUAAAGUGUUAAGUUUAAUUUGAAUAAUCACUAGGUUAAACAUCGUCCUUCCUGGGCAGCGGAGUGGGCUCCGUGUGUCGGAUCUGGGCUGUGGUUCUAAAAGUCUCGACCGAAGCUAAGGAUCAGGAGGAGCUCUGAGGUUUUCACUAUGUGUGACGGCCUGUCCCACUGUAAACUGGCUCUGGCCUUCGCUGUGUUGAUGGAUCUACUGGGAGCAGCUUCUCUACUGGUCGGAGUCUUCGCCCACCUGGAGAUCCAAGGGCAGGACUUUGGGGACUUACUGGUUUAUACUGGAGCCCUGUUUGUGCUCAUGUCUCUGGCUGGAUGGGUGACUUGGUACAGCGGAAACAUCGAGGGUCUGACAUCCAAGAAGGAGCUGGGACACAUCAGCAGCGCCGUGGACCGACUCGCCCGCACCCUCAGCCGCAAGAUCCGCAGCCACAGAACCCACCACUGACCCUGAGGGGAAGAGUCCCUUUCAUUUUAAAAGCCUGGUCACAUUCGUUAGCAACAGUAUUAGAGGGAGAAAACAACAAGCAUGUUAGAAACAUUUCAAUACUAGAUGUGCAUCUGUUACACAGUCAGACUGUUAAUGUGUUGUUAUAAGCAGUAUUGUCAUUUUUAUAGAGUGAAUGCGACUGUCACCUGUUACAUUUCAAUAAAAACCUUUGUGUGUCUACGUUUUACACCAAGA